AUGGAGGCUGGGGACCGAUACCCCAACAUACAGGUAACUGUGCUUCGAAUCCUUAAGCCCAAAACCCUAAACCAUUCUAGGGAAUACUCCCACCAACUGCACCACGAAGAUGACCGUGGCUCAGGUGGUUACACGUAUGAUGAUCUGAUCUGCCUCCCUGGACACAUCAACUUUGGCGUGCACGAUGUGGCACUUGGCUCUCGUUUCUCGAAGAAGAUUGCGCUGAAGACGCCCAUUGUUUCCAGCCCCAUGGACACUGUCACAGAGUCGAACAUGGCCAUUGCCAUGGCUUUGGAGGGCGGCAUUGGCGUCAUCCAUACCAACCUUCCAGUAGAAACUCAGGCAGCGGAGGUAGCGCGCGUGAAGAAGUACAAGGCAGGUUUCAUUCUUGAACCUCGCUGCGUCCCGCCGACCAUGACAGUGGAGGAGCUGGACAAGUUGAAGAGUACUUUGGGCUUCACCGGCUUCCCUGUCACCGAGAAUGGGAAGAUGGGUGCUAAGCUCCUGGGGCUUGCAGCCCGGAUUCAAGAGAAACAACUGGGUUGCUGUUAA